AUGUCAAUGAAUGCAGAAUCAGACACCAAUGAGCCAUUAAUUCAACCUGCUCGCUCUUUAAAGAUGAGAUAGUCAGCAAUUAUUACUAUAGCUUCAGUUGCUCUAAUCGCUAUUAGCUUCGCAAUAUUGAUUAGAAACUCUGGAGAUAAUGAUUUCUUAGAGGCUAAAAAUCAAGUAUCACUGGUUGGAAUAUUUAAGCAGAUAAGUCUUCCAGGCUAAAACUAUGCUAAUAUAUUUGUUGGUAAAAAUGAGGUCAUUGGUCUCACUUAUAAAUUGGGAAAGAAUUAUGCUCUUUCAUAUAAAGUUAGAGUUUAUAAUCCCUCAAACGGAGCUUGGAAUGAUUAUCCUUUCCCAGUCGGUAUGAAUGAGCUUAAAGUUAACUCUGAGGGAAAAAGAUUGAUAAUCUCAAAUUCUAAUGAUGGAGAGAUGGGUGUCCAAUAUACUGAAGGACCUUCUUAUUCAGUUUAUGGAAUAUAAGACGGAGCUCUCGAAAGUAACGGAAAAGUACAUGCUAUUGUUAUGAAUGAGACAAAAAACAUCAGUGAAUACAGAGAUUUCCUAUAUGAGAAAACUGGAGUGUAGCUUUACUCCAAUUAGAUUUAUAGAAACAUUGAAGUAUACUAAGAUAAAGUUGUACUUGUAAAAGUAGAUGGAACUCUUGAGGACUUCAAAAAUAUUUGUGUUAAAGAAAUUAGUGCUGGAGCUGAAAACGAGGGAGGACUAUUUGCCUUGAGUUGUGAAUAGCACCCAUUAAAUGAGCUCUAUCAAUUAUUGAGAUGGAAUAAUAAACUUAAUGAUUGGGAAAAAGUUGACGAUAUCUUUGGAGAAAAGCUAGCCGCAUAAUCUAAUUCAAGAGUUUAUGUUCUUAGUUCCCAAAGUGUAAUAGAGCUUACAAUUAAUGAGUGA